AUGCCGAUCCAUCCCACCGGUUUGGAUGCCAUGUCGUCCGAGCGACGCAUGUCAACGGCCAACGAAGGUCUCAUGGCGCUCCCGACGGUCAUGUUGCGCCGUCUGCCCAAGAAUACAACUCCCGAGGCUGUACGGACAAUGUUACUGUUUGCGAAAGACCUCCAGGACGCAGAGAUAGUCCCCAACGAAUACGAAGAUGAUGCAGGGUUCGCAACAGGAAUCGCGCGCUUCGGGUCUAUGGCUGGGGCAUCCGAAGCGCAAGCCAUGUUGGAUGGCAAAGCCAACACUGCCGGGCAGGCGAAGAUGAUUGUUAAUAUCAUCUCAAAUCACCCCCUCGCAUCCAUGGCCCGGCGGAAUACGAUGGACCCUGCGACAAGCCGCAAGAUCGCACAGUCCCGAUCGCCACCACUAGCUAAUUCUCAAAGGCCAUCGAGGUUCAACGGCACAUUCCAGUCGCUGGACAAGUCAUCCCCACCAUCGGUUGGAUCACCACCAGAUUACUCCUCCGCCGACGCCGUGCCAGUGAUGCCGAUCGUGUUCUCUCCUCAGUCACCAAUCGCCAGCAUGGUCACCGACCGGUCUCGGGUCAGUGGGAAGAAAGUGAUUGACGAAGAUGGAGGAGAUGACGAUACUGGAGAAUUGCUCAAAGAUCCUCUGGCGUACAUUAACAAUUCAUCCACGGUCAAUGCAGGACGGAAUUCGACGAACCAACGAAUUCCCACCUCCGCCUUUCAGUCACUGUCCCUCAAUACCAACAUGGGUGGCAUGACGAACGGCUUUGCCUCUCCUCGGUCCGCUGCGCAGAGUCGGACGCCAAAUUCUCAGUUCUCUCCAGGAAUCGGCUCGAACGGUUCGUAUGGAUCUUCUAGCCAGCCCUAUCUACGCCACAACUACCCGCCCGUCAAUCCGGCGGAUCAGAAUCCCCCGUGCAAUACGUUGUACGUGGGUAAUCUACCUAUUGACACUUCUGAAGACGAGUUGAAGGCCAUGUUCUCAAAGCAGAGGGGCUACAAGAGACUGUGCUUCCGGACCAAACAGAAUGGACCCAUGUGCUUUGUCGAAUUCGAGGACAUCUCCUUUGCCACGAAGGCUUUGAAUGACUUGUACGGAGCUCAACUGCACAACAGUGUCAAGGGCGGCAUCCGGUUGAGUUUCUCCAAAAACCCGUUAGGUGUGCGUUCAGGUCAACCCGGAAGCUCCAACCCAGCGACACCACUCAGUGCGACGGGGCCGGUUAAUCUCGGCGGCUUCAGCAGCCUUGCUCCUGGCGGGUUCACAACUGCGAACGGUCCACCGCCAGGACUGUCCGCACCCCCAGGCUUGAAUAUGACACCGCCGGGCGCCAAUGGUACUCUCCCGCCUGUUUUCGUGAAUCAGGGGUUUCCGGCUGGGGCCGGAGGAGCGGCAGCACACCCGAAUCUGCGGGCCAUGGGAAUGAACAACAGUCCGGCGAACCCAAACAUUGGAGGCAUGUAUCCUGAUUAUAUGCUUGGACGUUAA